AUGAAAAUAGUAAUUGUCAUUUUUGUUUUUUGUUUAGUAUAUCAAGUAGUUAGUUAUUCAUUAUGUUCUGGAAAGAUAUAUUAUCGUCCAAAUUGUAUUAAGAAUGAUAUAGAAUAUAUUUCUGAAGACAUUGAAAAAUGUGGUUCAAUAAGAACUGGAUUAGAAAGUAUUGGAAUUACCACUGAUUCAACAAAGUAUAUUGACAUUUGUGGUUCGUCAGCUAUUAAAUACUGUGUUUAUGUUGAUAAAGAAAGUCAUGUAUUCCUUACAACAGCAAAUGGUUUACGACCAAAUGCCACUUGUUCAUUAACAAAUAAGAAAUUUAUAACAAAUCUUUGUGAAUGUUCUAAAGAAUUAAAUACGAGGUGUAUUAAUACACAAAAAUUUAAAGUUGCAGAUUGUAUAUCAAAUGGAAUAAGACAAAGGAAGAAAACAUUGGUAAUAGUUAUGUUAAUAACUCUUUUUAUAAUAUACUAA